GGCUGAAGCACAUGAUGUAUCUGAGCCGCUGGGCAUCGGCAGAGUGAGCCGGAUCAGCUGCUGCAGGAAGCCGCCGCAGCACCACGCGCCGCCAAGCAGCGCCUUUUUUUCCUGGAACAGCGGAGGGAAGCCGCGGCUGCUGGUCCGCUGUCUUAACCAUGGCCCAGCUCUUCUCUCUGGCCGACUGCGAAGUGAUUGGCUUCGACCUGGACCACACGCUGUGUCGCUACAACCUGGUAGAGAGCGCCCGGCUCAUAUAUGAUAGCUUUGCUCAGUACAUGGUAAAAGAGAGAGGUUAUGAUAAAGAACUGCUGAACGUAUCCCCUGAAAGCUGGGAUUUCUGCUGUAAAGGCUUGGUGUUGGAUAUGGAAGAAGGCAACUUCCUUAAACUUGCAGAGGAUGGAACUGUUUUGAGGGCAAGUCACGGUACAAAACAUAUGACCUCUGAAGAGAUCGUGGAGACAUAUGGAAGGAGGGAAUGGAGACAUUUCAAGACAAUGAGUGGAAUGGUUUCUCGUUCAGCUAAAUAUUAUGCCUAUGACAAUUACUUUGAUCUGCCCGGGGCACUUCUUUGUGCACGAAUAGUUGAUGGUUUAAACAAACCUGGUUCUAGACGAAAGUAUGACUUUUGGAAGGAUAUGGUUGCUGCCAUACAGCAUAAUUAUAAAACUUCAGCUUUUAAAGAAAAUUAUGGAACAUACUUUCCAGAAGUAAAAAGCAAUCCAGGGAAAUACAUACAAUGUUGUCCUGAUUCUGUUAAAAAAUGGCUAAGGAAACUGAAGGACAGUGGAAAGAUUCUGCUAUUAAUUACCAGCUCUCACAGUGACUACUGCAGACUCAUAUGUGAACAUACCUUAGGGAAUGAUUUUGCAGACCUUUUUGACGUUGUAAUCACAAAUGCCCUGAAACCAGGUUUCUUCUCUCAGAUACCAAAUCAAAGACCUUUCCGAACUCUUGAGAAUGAUGAGGAACAAGAGGCCCUCUUAGCCCUGGACAAGCCUGGCUGGUACUCUCAAGGUAACUCAACCCAUUUGUAUGAGUUGCUGAAGAAGAUGACUGGCAGACUAGAACCAAAGGUUGUUUAUUUUGGGGACAGCAUGCACUCGGAUAUUUUCUCAGCCCAUCACUAUAGUAACUGGGAGACUGUUCUCAUUUUAGAGGAGCUUCAAGGGGACCAUGUUAUGGUGCCUACAGAGACAGAGUCUGAGCCCUUAGAGAAGAAAGGGAAGUAUGAGGGACAUCAUCCAAAAGCUCUUCAUUCUGUUUCUAAACAGUGGGGUUCAUUCUUUGUGGAUACCAUUUCAGGAAAGGAAGAUGUAGAGGACACCUCAGUAAAUACAUGGUCCUGCAAAUGUGUUAGUUCUUAUAGCACCAUCACAAUCCCAAGUAUUGAAGCAAUAGCAGAUUUGCCACUGGAUUAUAAAUUCAACAGAUUUUCUUCAAAUAGCUCAAUAACUGCUGGUUACUAUCCCAAACCUCCGAGAUCAUUCUUAUCAAGUGGCGAGCCAAUGACAACCAAAUAAGUACUCUGUAAGGAAAAGAAAAUCCGGAUGUCUUUAAUAUUGCUGUAAAUGAAUAUGUCAGAUGCUAAUUGGGAAACAUACAAAUGAAAUGCUUCCUAAAUCCAAACAAUACUUAAAAAAGAA